AUGGAAGACAACGAUUGUGGUGAUUUAUUCAAAUCAUUAUGUUUUCAAUAUCCUUGUGAAUAUGGCGCAGAAUGUUCUAGUUACCAUUUAGAACCAGAUAAUGAAGUUUUAUAUAGAGAUACAGAGAUACUUGAUGAAGCUUCAGUAGAUAGCAAUUUUGAUACAUGGGACCUAGUUGAUAAAUUCCUUGAUGACUAUACAAAGCAAGAAGGCUUCACUGUAUGUAAGAAAAGGCGUACAUUAGAUGCAAAAGAUAGUACCAUUAUAAGACGUCAAAUAUAUAAAUACUCUUAUGCUG